AUGCGGCGCCCACGAUCAGACGAGGAGGAUAAUGACGAAGAGGGGCUACGUGACUUGGCUUUGUUGUCCAAACGCGCACGGAUCCACACGCCGUCGCCAUCAUCGUCAUCGCCAUCGUCGUCGUCACCGUCGCCGUCGCAGCCGCCUGCCGAAGAGAUGGAGAUUGCUUCUACGGCGCCUGCACCCAUGCAUACUGAUACAUCAUGGGAUACGAUGGGCGUCAUUGAACGUGUGGAUAUGAUCAAUUUCAUGUGCCACCGAAACCUAAGCAUUUCGUUAGGCCCUCGUAUUAAUUUUAUCAUUGGACACAAUGGCAGUGGAAAGAGCGCCAUUCUCACAGCGAUUACUGUGGCCCUGGGUGGGAAAGCGAACACGACCAGUCGCGGCAGCAGUCUCAAAGAUUUUAUUCGUGAAGGUGCCUCCGCAGCGGAGGUUCGUGUGCACUUGCGCAAUCAUGGUACCGAUGCUUUCCGGCAUGACAUCUAUGGGGAUCGUAUCACCAUUGAACGGCGUAUCCAUGCGGACGGUGGUGGAUCGUGGAAGAUCCGUACGUCGGCAGGCCGCGUCGUAUCGACCAAGCGAGAAGAGCUGGAUGCAAUAUGUGAUCAUGCGAAUAUUCAAGUGGACAAUCCCAUGAACAUUCUUAGCCAGGAUGCGGCCCGCCAGUUCCUCGGAAGCUCGCAUGCCGAGGAUAAGUACAGUUUUUUCUUGCGUGGCACGCAGCUGACGCAGCUUGCGCAAGAAUACGAGCUCAUUCAGACCAACAUUCAGCGCAUGAAACGUGCGAUGGCCUUGUCGGAAGAUGUUUUGCCUGACCUGGAGCGUGAAGCGCGGGAAGCCAAUGCCCGAUGGCAGCAGGUGGAACAAGCGCGCGUGGAGCAGGAGAAGCUGGAUGCGCUAAAAGAAGAACUUGUAUGGAGUCAAGUGAUUGCCAAGGAGAAGGAACUUGGCGCCUUGGCCGAACAACUCGAAACUGCUCGUGCCAAGGUAGCUGCGAUGGAGAAGAAGCGGGAUGAGGAGGCGCAGCGCGCGACUGGCCUUGACGAGACGGUGGCUGAGCUGGAGACGCGCAAUCGUGAGCAAAACGAACGGGAAGUGCAAUUGCAGCAGCAGCGCGCCGAGAUCCUGCAUGAGCUUCGUGAUCGCAAGGCGGCGCUGAGCGCUCUUAAGACGCAGGAACGUGACCUCAAUGAGCAGGCAGAUCGUGUCCAGCGUAUGAUCCGCCAACUGCAAUCGCAAAUCGACAACGAAGCGCGCCGUCAAGCGCAAGAUCGUCGAGCGAUUCGUGAGGCCCAAGAAGCUGAGCGCGAUGCGCUGCAGCGUGAGCGUCUCGACUUGGAAAUGCGGCAAGUGACGCUAGGCCAGGCGUCUGAGACCCUAGCCGAGCAGCGUCAAGCACAUGUUGCCGAGCGUGCCAAGAUCAUGGCAGAGAAGCAGUCGUUGGAGGAGAAGCAGGCCCACUUGCGCAGUUUCCUACGGCGGUGUGAAGAAGCGUCGGCGAAUCGAAGUACGGCGUUUGGCGGUGCGUCCAUCCCUCGUGUUCUCGCGGCGAUUGAGCGUGAGACGCACUGGCAUUCCAAGCCUGUGGGCCCUCUGGGCAUGCAUAUUCGCUUGCACGAUGCACGGUGGGCGCCGCUGAUCGAGAGUGUGCUCAACGACUCGCUGAAUGCGUUCUUGGUGACCAACCACGAAGACCGUGCACGCUUAGCCCGCAUCCUACGCGAGUGCCGCGCCUCGAACCAAAUCAUCACGGCAGCGCGCGACUUGUUCGAUUAUACCAGUGGCGAGCCAGAUCCGUCCAUCACUACUAUUCUUCGCGUACUUGACACAGACGAGCACAUUCUGCGUGUCCUCAUUGAUGCGCACCGUAUUGAGAAAAGUGCCCUGGUCCACCAACGUGUGCAAGGCGACGAACUUAUGCGACAGCGCUGGGCGAAUGUCCAGCAGUGCUAUUCCGCCGACCUAUUCCGGAUUACUGGUGGGCCUACAGGCAGUUCGACACAGACAGUGACAUCGUAUACAGGUGUCCCGCGCCUGGUUUCCGAUGCGCGUGCCGAGAUGGACGAGGCGAGGCAGGCGAUGUCCGCAAACGACGUCAAGCUUCAGCAUGUCGCAACUUCCCUGACGGCAUGGCAGCGCCAGGAGGCUACAUGGCAGGCGGAUGAGCGAGCCCAUCAGCAGGCCCAGGACGAGGCGAAGCAGGCAUUGCGUGAGGUGCGAUACCGUAUGGCCGCUGUGGAGGAUCGCAUGCGCGAAGAAGAGCCGGCGAAUGUCGCUGCUCUGGAAGAGGCCAAAGCGGAUGCGGAAGAAGAAAUGGCGCACAUUGUUGACCGUUUCAAGGACAUUGAAUCGCAAAAGGAAGCAGCGGAAGAAGCGCUUUCAGCGCCUACUACGAAGCAUGCGCAGCUCCAGGAGCAGAUUCAACUCGUCGAAGGGCAUAAGCAAAGUACCGAGGCGUCCUUGCAGGCGACGUACACAGAGCGCGUACGUCUGCAGAAGAACAAAGAGUACUGGGCGCGUCAAAUUGAGACGCAGCAGGCCCAGAUGCACGAAGACGAAAGCAAAGAACGAUCGCUUGCGGCGUUGAUUGAUGUACGUAUGGCCUACACUUACCUUGAGUCCUGGACCGUCAUGGCGACGGAGUACUGCGCUCGUGUCGAGACGCAGCGUACGCCUGCGUCGUUGGAGGAGCAGAUACGUACGAUUGAAGCACAUAUGGAAGCAGUGCAGGCGCACACUGGUCUUUCUGUCGACGAGAUCGUACGGGAUUUGCGUGCGAAGAACAAGGCGUUUCAUGACGCCAAGCAGCAGCUUGAGCACACGCGCACGACGAUCCACGUGCUGGAUCAUGCUAUACAACUGCGCCUGGAGAAAUGGCACUACUUCCGCCGCUUUGUCGCGAUUCGCGCACGCGCGAACUUUGCUUUGCAUCUUCAGCAGCGUGGAUUUGCUGGCUCUCUCCACUUUGAUCACAAUGCGCAGACGCUCAAGCUGCGUGUGCACACCGGCGAUGCCUCGCAGUAUGGCAAGGAUCCCAAGGCGCUCUCUGGCGGCGAAAAGUCGUUUGCGACGAUCUGUUUGCUGUUGUCGUUAUGGGAGGCAAUUGGAUGCCCUAUUCGGUGCCUGGACGAAUUCGACGUGUUUAUGGACGCGGUGAACCGCAAAGUGUCCAUGAAAAUGAUUAUCGACGCUGCGCGUGCCUCUGCAGGCGUGCAGUACAUUCUCAUCACGCCGCAGAAUAUGGGCUCUGUAUCCUUGGGACCGGAGGUGCAAGUUCACCGUAUGCAGGACCCAGAGCGACGUGCCUAA